UACGGCCAGAAAUUUGCCUUCGGGACGCGACGCGCAUCGGUACACAGUAUAAAUCUUCUCCCCAGUCCCUAUAUAUCUGCUCCUCGUCGUCAUGGCCAGUCGUUGUUCUAGUGUCUUCCGCGCUUUCUCCCGGACAGCUUCAGUAGGCUCGUCCAGGAUAGCAUCUUCCUCUAGACGACUUGCAACGGCCACAACUUCCACUCAAACGGAAGCACCUCCCCCGCCUCUAUCAACAUCUAAGGAUCCCCACAUCAACCGGAUUGUCGAUGACAUUUCGGGUCUUACCUUACUUCAAGCAGCAGACCUCGUAGCGACUCUGAAAUCUCGGCUCAACAUUCAGGAGAUUGCCGUGCCUGCAGCUGCACCUGCCGCGACAUCCGCAGCUGCACCUUCAGACGAACCGGUAGCAGAGAAACCCCAAGAGAAGACCGUCUUUACCGUCAAACUCGAAUCUUUUGAUGCCGCUGCAAAGGCUAAAAUCAUCCGAGAGGUCAAGGCUCUCGUUCCUAAUCUCACAUUGAUAGACGCCAAGAAAUUCGUGGAAUCGUUACCGCAGACUCUCAAAGAGAAUCUUCCUAAGGAAGACGCUGAAAAAAUGAAAAAGACCUUCGAGAGCUUAGGUGCCGUCGUUAAACUAGACUGA